AUGUCCAACACUGCAACCACCGCCACCACCACCGCCAACGCUAGCAGCAGCGAUGCGGCCUGGUACGCGGCGAGCCUGGCGCCAAUGUGCGCCACGGAUCCGCCAAUCGAGUACCUGCCGGACGACGUGCCGCUGUACGUGUGCGCAAAGUGCGGCACGCACCUGGCGCUCCAGGACGAGAUCAUCUCGAAGCAGUUCACCGGCCGCGACGGCAAGGCCUACCUCUUCAACACGUCCAUUAACACCGACCUCGGCCGCCGCGAGCAGCGCCAGUUCCUCACGGGCCUCCAUACCGUCGCCGACCUCCUCUGCAGAGGCUGCGGCACCAGCGUCGGUUGGAAGUACGUCCGCACCCCCUCGGCCGACCAGAGGUACAAGGAGGGAAAGUUCAUCAUGGAAGUCGGCAUGCUCCACAAGGUCAACAACUGGUAG